GUUUCAAUCGUUUCCCACCGACUGUAUUUUAUGCUAGCGGCGCGCAGGCGUCAUCGAUCCCACGUCACUGUCGUACGUCAGUGUCGGACGUAAACGCGCGUAAAUUUGUUUUGAGUACCAGUGUCUAUCGUCCUAAAGGAUUCAACGUUACUUUACAUGAACCCAACAGCAAACACUCAUGGACAGAUACGUGCUUAUUAUUGUAGUCAACCUAGAGUCGAAGAAAGAAAGCGCCUUUAACGCAAUCGAUGCAGCCAAAACAUUGUGCGAUAACGUCAAAAACAUUGCAGGCUCAAGCCUAACGGGGACUUCUGCAUUUCCAGCUUGUUCUCUGAGUGGUUGUCCAGCCCCGCAGAAAUGGUACUUUGCCAUUCAAGCCACGUACGGUACAGCACAGUGGUGCAGCUCAGAGUGGGAGGAAUUGUGCUCCCAGCGCAGUGACAGUGAGGAUUCUGAGCCAUCUGCCCUAGAAAACUGCAUCACUGCCCUCCAGGAACAAGAGGAGCAGAGCACAUUGGCGGAAAAGCCAUCCCACGCAGAACUCUUUGAGGAGGCGGCUGAAGUUCUUCAUCAAGUUGCAGACAAACUUCCUGCUCCAGGAAAGUCUUUACUGGAUGUGAUCAUGCUGUGUGUGGAUGAGCAGGGGGGGUUGAAGGAAAUGUUGCCUCUUAUUGGCUCUUUGAAGCACAUGCAGGCGUGGCACUCGGCACAGAUGACUAUGUUCACAGAGCACAGAUCUGGGUGGCAGAAAGCGGCCAAAUACCUGAACGCCCGCAUGUGUUCUCCCUCUAUGAUUGACAGCUGUGUGGAUGGCACUGAUAUCUGGAGAGGAGGUCUCCACAUCAGAGAGAAAAAGUUUGUCUCCGAGCUCAGGUUUGAUGGUUUCUGUUUGAGAGCUCAGAGGAGAAAUCACUGGAAAGAUCUGCUGUAUUCUCAUACAGACCCACAAUGCCAAACCGAUCAUAAACUACAGAAUGAGGUGUUUCACUCUUAUCAGCCUGUGUUGGAACUGAUUCAGCUGAUCAGAGUCACGGAUCUCCCCAUUCACCUGCAUUCAAGCACAGAGUUUGAACUUGGAUUGGCUACCAAAUCCGUCAAAGCCAAGCUGCUCCUGGAUCAGCUCUGCACGUUGCGUGGAGAGGUGGGAGCUUUGUUUUCUCUGUCCUGUGUGAUAAGUGCUGAGACCUUCCCAUCGGCCUCUCAGAUCAGCUCCUGCAAAUGGAGAGACUUCAUGUCCAAACGCCCCAAGGAGUUACUCGUGCCUGACGUGGAGUUAAAAGGUGAGAGAGGCCGCUACCUUUUCUUGGUGCAGGGGGCAGAGUCAGGAGGCUGCACGGCACGAUUGAUACACACAGCCAAUCAGAUCAACGGAGCCGCUGCCUUAGCAACGCUCAUCGCCCUUAUCAGAGAGAAAGCUCCGCCUCCUUCAGGGAACAGCGCUGCUGACUGGCUGCGUUCCCUGCCGUGUAUCCGUGGAGAGCAGCUCCUGCAGACGGAGAGAAAUCUGGCCAAGGUGCAGACCCUGGUCCUGAAGGAAUGUUCCCGGCGACGAGAAGAAGCCCAAAAACCUGCCGCCGUUCCUGUGAAUGAACUGAAGGCUCUAUUGAGUCUGGCCAGAGAGCAGUAUCUUCAGAUGCAUGAGUCUACACUACCAAGAGCCUCUGAGUUCACAUCCCUGGAGAAAGAGAAUAAGAGCUCCACUGAAGUGACAUCUUCAUCCAAAGAUGGGAAACGCACAUAUUGGCCAGAAAGGAGCGUCCUACAAAACUACGAGAACAUACAGAGAGCCCGACAAAGAUCCAGUGUCCGCCACAGGUGCAGGCUCUUCAGUAGUGCCUCCUCUGAGAGUCUGAUGGGACCUAAAGACGGUCAGAGGGGAAGCAGCACGCUGCUGGAUGCCAGAGAGCUGCUGAAACACUUCACUCCUGAUGGACAGCCCACAGGAGAACUCCAGCCACUCACUGUGCUCAGAGGGGAACAUGUGUUUCAGUUGUCUCCUGACCUAACACCCAGGAAGAUAACCGAGCUCUCAUUCUCAAAGGUGGCCAAAUCUCACUACCACGGAAUCGAGUUAUGUCUGGAUGAGCAUAAGGCUCUCGAGCGAGAUCGUGGCUUUGUUAAGCUGCAGUCUCGUCUCAUAAGAUACGAGACCCAGAGUACAUGCUGUAAGGAUCCCUGUCCCGUGCCAUUUGCCCUUAGCCCCGCACUGUCCCCGGCCGUUCUCUCUGAACCGGGAAGCGUGCCUGACGGCGAGGCUCUGAACAGCGAGCUGGCCCGUCUGAAACGCAGGUCACGUGAGACAGACUCGCACCUCCAGCCGCACAAGAGGUUUUGUAAAUCAGAGAGCACUGAAUCUCUGGGCGUUCACUCCAGUGGUUUGGGCGGCACACACCCGGCUGUGGGGUCUCUACGGCAGCAGGCGGCCCACUCUCGCUCAAACACAGGGCUGACGAGACGUUCUGCUUCUGUUGCCGAGCUCUUACCAAGUCAAAAACUCAGCCAGACCCAGAUCGAGUCCCGCUCACAGAAACACAACAGGAUGCUGAGGGAGGUGGUGGAUAAGACGCUCCAUAAACAUGGGAUCAGCAGCCAGCACAAGUGCUUUGAAGCCUGCAGUCAGAGACUCUUUGACAUAUCAAAGUUUUAUCUGAAGGAUCUGAAAACCUCACGUGGCCUUCAUGAAGAAAUGAAAAAAGCAGCCAGUAACAAUGUCAAACAGGUGAUUGACUGGGUUGUGGAGAAAUCGUCUAAAAGAUGAAAAGAAAAAUUCUUCAGUGUCAAGCAUCGAAAUAGAAGGCGAACCUGUAGUAGGAAACAGGCGUGAUCUGAGUGGAUGUAGCUUGUAUAAAAGUUUUCAUUUGUCUCCCCGGCCUCAGAAUUCCUUGUGUGCAUAAUUUACAGUUUUCUAUUUUAUUUUUAUAGUAAUGUAUUUGUUGUAUUUGUUUGUAUUAAAAUGAUUAUUUGAUUUGGUUA